AUGGAGUUCGGCCACAAGGGAGUGUUGAACGAGGAUGGCAUCCACGUCGACAUGGACCGGUUGAAGAAGGGCGAGGUCAACCUGGGAACCUCCAUCAUGGCGGUGACAUUCAAAGACGGCGUCAUCCUGGGCGCUGACUCCCGGACGACGACCGGUGCCUACAUCGCGAACAGAGUGACGGACAAGUUGACGAGGGUACACGACACCAUCUGGUGCUGCCGGUCAGGCUCGGCAGCGGACACACAGGCCGUGGCGGACAUUGUCCAAUACCAGCUGGGCCUCUUCGCCAUGCACAGCGGCAAGCCGCCGAUGACGCAGACGGCCGCGUCGAUAUUCCAGGAGAUUUGCUACUCCAACAAGGACCGCCUGAGCGCGGGUUUGAUCAUUGCCGGCUGGGACGAGCGGUUCGGCGGCCAAGUCUACUCAAUCCCGCUCGGCGGCUCGCUGCACAAGCAGGCGUAUGCGAUCGGCGGCUCUGGGUCGACCUACAUCUACGGCUACUGCGACGCCAACUGGAAGGAGGGCAUGGAGGAGGAGGACGCCGUCAACUUCGUCAAGGGCGCGCUGCGGGAGGCGAUCAAGUGGGAUGGCAGCUCAGGCGGCGUGAUUCGCAUGGUGGUCCUGACGAAGAAGGGAGCCGACAGGCACCUGUACCUGCCGGACACGGACUACAAGGUGCGGCACGAGUAG